CAGUUCAGGAUAUGACGCUUUGAUAGCGUCAAACAUUAGAGGCAGCUUUGGUGUUGUUGUAGCUGUCUUGUCAUACGAAAAUAAACCAUAUUUAUGUAGCUAUCAGUAUUCUAUAUAUUUUAGCCAUUUUCAAAACCUUGGGGAUCAAUUUGUGUUUCAGUCAGUGGGUGCGGUUCUAAACUUUUUUUUGUCGUAUUUUUCUUCCCCAAUCAACAAUGCAACAGAGAUUCUGUUGUCAUCCCUUCUGGAGAGAACUGUACUAACAACUAAUGUUCUUCAUCACCUAGAAUGAGUCUGCACGAGAUAAGUGAAAACGUGAAACUUGCUCGAGAGUACUCUUUACUUGGGAACUACAGUUCUGCUAUUGUUUGCUAUCAGGGAGUACUUGAACAAAUUAAGAAACACCUUUUUACAUUAAGGGAUAGUAGCUUCCAACAAAGAUGGCAAAAGGUAUGGCAAGAGAUAAACGAAGAAAACAAACAGGUUGAAGAAAUAAUGACAACUCUAGAAAAUUUUAAACUGGUGACCACCCCAUCCAAACCACCAAGUAAUAAAGAUGGCAUUAGUGACAUAUGGCCUGUACAAAUAGAAUGCAGAUCCUCACCUCUUCCGGUUAGGGGGCCCCCGGUUCCCUACAAAGAGGGUAAACAUCACAACAACCGCCUGUAUGUGGCUGGUGUGCGGGCUCCGCAUCGCCAGUCAACACGCGGGCCCAAUGGUGACAGAGCCAAACCUUUGAAGAGCAAGGAAAAGAAAGAGGCCCUAGCCACACCAAAAGACGAUAAUAACAAAUUGGAAGUUUCUGAGAAAUAUGUGAAGAAAUUUGAUGGGCAAGGAUAUGACAAAGAUCUUAUUGAGGCCCUGGAGAGAGACAUCAUAUCACAGAACCCCAAUGUUAAAUGGGAUGAUAUUGCAGAUUUGGAAGAAGCAAAAAAGCUUUUAAAAGAAGCUGUUGUGCUACCCAUGUGGAUGCCAGAGUUUUUCAAAGGCAUACGAAGACCAUGGAAGGGUGUGCUGUUGGUGGGUCCUCCAGGCACAGGAAAGACUCUUCUGGCCAAAGCCGUUGCGACAGAGUGCAGAACCACAUUCUUCAAUGUUUCAUCUUCUACUCUCACUUCCAAGUACAGAGGGGAGUCUGAAAAACUGGUCCGCCUUCUAUUUGAAAUGGCCCGGUUCUGUGCUCCCACCACCAUAUUCAUCGAUGAGGUUGACUCCAUGUGCAGCCGCAGAGGAACGUCAGAGGAACAUGAGGCUAGCCGACGGGUGAAGGCAGAGCUGUUGGUCCAGAUGGAUGGUGUGGGAGGAGCAUCAGAGAAUGAGGAUCCCUCUAAGAUGGUGAUGGUGCUGGCAGCCACUAACUUCCCCUGGGACAUUGAUGAGGCUCUGAGGCGACGUCUGGAGAAAAGAAUCUACAUCCCUCUGCCUUCAGCCAAGGGCAGAGUGGAGCUGCUGAAGAUAAACCUAAAGGAGCUGGAGCUGGCCAAUGAUGUGGACAUGGCCAAGAUAGCAGAGCAGAUGGAGGGCUACUCAGGAGCAGACAUCACCAACGUGUGCAGGGACGCCUCUCUGAUGGCCAUGCGGCGAAGGAUCGAGGGGCGGACGCCAGAGGAGAUCCGUAACAUCUCCCGAGACGAGAUGCACAUGCCCACCACCAUGGAGGACUUUGAGUCUUCUCUGAAGAAAGUGUCCAAGUCUGUGUCAGCUUCUGACCUGGAGAAGUAUGAGAAGUGGAUUGAAGAGUUUGGCUCCUGCUGAAAGUUAAUCAGGAAGCCUGCAGCACCUCAUCUGCAGAGGAAUUAGUAGGAGGCUCAGUAUAUAUUCUGGGAACAAUACUUUAACUCAUGUCUUCCUUUUCUUUGUAAAUGAUUUCUAUUUUAGGCUAGGUCAUGCGACAUGCCUUAAAGUAGGGUAACCAACUGCUUCUCUUGGUAAAUGUCCUCCUGGAUACAGUCCAUAUACCACACCCAGGGGUGCCUUGUACUGAUUAUAAACAUAAAUAGAAUGGUAAACAUUUAUAUUUAUGUCAUACCGGUGGUAUAGUCUGAUAUACACAUGGUUGAAAUGCUGUUUCAGCCAAUCAACAUCCAGGACUCAAACUACAUGGUUUACAAUAUGCAAUUAGUCAGCCUCGUGGGCAUAACAAAAUUGGUAGAAAACAUUCCCAGAUUUGUGUUCAAUAGGUUUUAUUAUGGGUCCACAGAGCUAAUCCUAUAAUCCUUACUAUAUUUGCCUUGAACAAAUUUUGCUACCAAAGUAUCCAGUGUCUUUGAUCUGGUGAUGUGCUUUUGGGGAUAUCUGUUAAUCAAAGUUACACUACCUGAAACCAUUUAUUAUAUGCACUUUAUUUGAUCUUCUUAAUGUGUACUUAGGAGACUACCUGGUUCAAAUUUGAAUAUAUACAUGCAUAAACACUAAGAAUUUUGUUAAUCAAUUUUAAAGUAAAAUAUGACUUGCAUUGACAA